AUGGCCGAGAAGAAGCGCAAGCUCGAGAACCCGCCUGAGGAUAUCGCGUCCACUGAACCCGAAGGAAAGAAGGCUAAGCGCGAGUCAAAGCGGGAGGGGAAAAGGGAAAAGAAAGACAAGAAGAGCAAGCAGAAGGAUGCUGUUAACAUCGGGAAUGGCGAUGAAGAAACCGAGGUGAACGAGAAGAAGGAGAAGAGAGAGAAGCAGGAGAAGGAAAAGAAAGAUAAGAAGGAGAAGAAGGAGAAGAAGGACAAGAAGGACAAGAAGGAGAAGAAGGACAAGAAAGAAAAGAAGGACAAGAAAUCAAAAGAUGUAACGAGUGAGGAGGAACCGGCCGAAAAGACUAAUGGCGCUGAACCAGAGCCUGAAGUUAGCGAGCAACUAGCAGACGCGAUGGAGAUUGAUGGCGAUACUGAGGUAAAAGAGAAGUCGGAAAAGGGAAAGAAGAAGGAGAAGAAGAAGGCAAAGAAAGAAAAGAAGCAGAAGGAGCAAGGAAGCCAGGAACCAGAACAGAGCCAGGAACAAGAGACGCAAGAAUCUGCUGCCCCAAACAAGAAGGCAGCCAGAUUCAUCGUCUUCGUUGGAAACCUACCCUACUCUGCCAACACCGAAUCCCUAAAAGCACACUUCGAGAAGAUACAACCGAUAUCCGUGCGGGUGGCUACGCAACCAGACAAGCCCACGAAAUCUCGCGGAUUCGGGUUCGUCGAGUUCGACAACUACGACCGUAUGAAGACCUGUCUGAAGCUCUAUCAUCACUCGUCGUUCGAUGACGGCAAAUACCCCCCUCGCCGGAUUAACGUUGAAUUGACUGCCGGCGGCGGUGGAAAGUCGGAACACCGGACAGCCAAGAUUGAGUAUAAAAACCAGAAGCUCACGGAGGAAAGAAAACGCCAGGGCAAGGAUAUUCAGACGGAGAAGGUGAAGAAGACUAAGACGGAGGAAACCGGCGCAGACGACUAUGCGGAUGUGCACCCCAGUAGAAGAGGUCACAUGGCUUAA